AUGCCGUGGCUCUAUGAGUUCCGGUCUUCUGAGACGUUCAUUGUGCUCGUUGUGGCGAUUGCGAUUUUCACGGAUACGUUUAUUUAUGGCAUGGUCGUACCGAUUAUCCCCGUCGCAUUGGUUGAGCGUGCCGGCGCCCGCGAAGAAGACGCUCAAUCAUGGGUCUCAAUUAUGCUAGCCGUCUACGGCGGAACUCUGCUCAUCGGCUCACCACUAUUCGGCUGGUUCGCAGACCACACCCGCUUCCGCCGCCUCCCCUUCAUCAUCGGGCUAAUCGCACUGGGUGCCUCGACAUUCCUCUUCGUCAUCGCCCGCUCAAUGCCCAUCCUAAUCAUCGCCCGCGGCUUACAGGGCCUCUCCGCGGCGGCAGUCUGGGUCGUAGGUCUCGCUAUUGUCUCGGAUAAUGUGCCCACGGACCGAGUGGGUGAGGCGACGGGGUACACGACCAUUGCGCUGACGUGGGGGUUCUUGCUUGGUCCCACCAUUGGCGGAAUUAUGUAUGAGAAGGUUGGGUUUUAUUGGACGUUUGCCAUGCCCGCUGCGCUUAUUGUUGUUGAUGUUUUGUUGAGAUUUGCUAUGAUUGAAGCUUCUGAAGCUACCGAGCACGAUAGGAACAUGCGCGCGGAAAAUGAGCACGCGCCGUUGCUGAGGUCGAGAUCGAAUGAGUCUGACACAGAAUCAACAACCGAGCAACCGGCUACCAUCUUCGACCUUCUCAAAUCACCUCGACUACCACUAGCAUGCAUCGCAACGCUAGUAAUGGCAGUCGUAUUCUCAGCGCUGGAAACAACCCUCCCCCUCUACGUAAUGGAAACAUUCAACUGGUCCUCCGCAGGCGCAGGCCUAAUCUUCGUCGCCUCCUCAAUCCCCAGCUUCCUAGGCGUGCAUAUCGGCAAAAUGAUCCCACACCUCGGAGUCCGUCUCCUGGCAACAUCCGCCUUCCUCGUCGCGUCAAUCGCCUGGAUUUUAAUGCGGCUGGUCACGCACAGCACAACAAACGACGUUAUCCUUCUUACAGCCCUGUUGCUUAUCGAGGGUCUGGCUAUCGUCACGGUCGAGGUUACCUCCACGACUGAGGCUUCUGCUGUCGUCGCGGACUACGAGGAGGAGAAUCCUGGCGUCUUUGGCGAUAAGAGUCCUGUUGCGCAGGCUUAUGCCCUGUUCAAUAUGGCUUUUGCGGGUGGUCAGCUUCUCGGUCCGAUUCUUGCUGGGGGAAUGCGGGUGCAUACAGGUUGGAGUGGGAUGACGCUUAUUCUCGGUGUUAUUUGUGCGGUUACGGCUGUGCCGUUGGGACUUUUUAGUGGGCCGCGGAGGAGGGGUGGUGAGGUUGGGGGUGAGUAG